UUUAAUUUUUCUCUUAUAUUAUGAUUUUAGUUUUCCUGAAUCCAUUCAACUGAACCUGUUAGAAGAAAAAUUUUAAAGCUUUUAAAGACGCCUACCACCUGUUCGACUAUAUUCCCCAACGAGGAACAGGGAGCAAUUAGCGAAAACAAAUAAUGGGGAAGAGAGGAGGAGCGAAAAGGCAGCCAAAUUUGUCAUCUGCAUCUCAUAAACAACUAUCACUUAGAGAACAAAACCUAGGGAAGAAACAAACCAACACCAUAAACGUCAAGUCUAGACUAAAACUUGAUCACUUGCAAAACCUUGCCACAUGGGCCGGUGGCGAAGCUUCCGUUCCUUCGUUGGCGGCGUUUUUUGGACACCAUUUGGCCGCUGCGAACGAGUCAAUGGGAUUGCAGCCCGACCCUUCUUUGUUUUCUUGCCAAAGAUGUGAGACAAUUCUUCAACCUGGCUUUAACUGCACUGUACGGAUUGAAAAGACCCAUGUUAAGGCACGAAGUAAACGUAAGAAAUCUAGAAUUUCUACACAGAAUAGUGUUGUGUAUAAAUGCCAGUUCUGUUUGCAUCGAAAUCUUAAGAAAGGGACUCCAAUAGGCCAUAUGAAAGAGAUAAACCCUCCCAAGGUAAAGCGAACUUCGAAACAAGAACAUAGGAAGUCCACACUUCAGAAGUCUGUCAGCUUGGAAAAAGACACAAGAAUCAAAGAGGCGGUUAAUAAGGUGAAUGAGAUAGAUGCGCAAGCAAUAGGUGAUGAGGUUAUUAAGGUGGAUGAGAUAACUUUGCCAGCAAUAGCCGAAGAUUCUUGUAAUUCAAAUAGUCCAGUAACUCCUUCAGUAAAAGCGAAAGUUACUUUGGACGGGAAGAAGACAAAGAGAAACAAAUCUGGAACUAAAAAGCCUGUUGAAUCUGAAAUCAAUUCUGCCACAACAGAAAAAACUGUGUGGGGUUCAAGCAAAAAGAGAAAAUCCUGGACAAGCCUGAAGGAAAUUGCUGAGAGAAUGACUGUCGAGUGACGUGACAGAUUGGAAGGAUCCUCCGCAUUGAUUACAUUACUUCUUUCGAGCUUCAACCGCCUUCUUCUUCUUCAUGGAUUUCGUCUUCAAACUGCCUUUCCUCUUCGCCAUCUAUAACAUUCAAUUUAACCAAAGAGAAGAAAUUACAAAGU